UGCUCCAGCGGGAAGAUGGCGGCGGCGGGCGCGGGGGGCGCGGGGGGCGCGGGGGGCGCGGGCGGGGACGCGCUGCCCGCCGACGAGGUGGCCGCGCGCCUGCAGCGGAUGCGCCGCGAGCUGAGCAACCGCAGGAAGAUCCUGGUGAAGAACCUGCCCCCGGACAGCCACUGCCAGGAGGUCCACAGUUUGCUCCAAGAUUAUGAGUUGAAGUACUGUUACUUGGACAGAAAUAAACGAACAGCUUUUGUCACCUUGUUGAACGGGGAGCAAGCCCAGAAAGCCAUCCAGACGUUUCAUCAAUACUCGUUCCGGGGGAAGGACUUGAUCGUCCAGCUGCAGCCCACGGACGCCCUGCUGUGUAUCACCAACCUGCCCUCUGCUUUCACGCUGGAGGAGUUCGAAGAGCUGGUCCGCGCUUACGGGAACAUUGAGAGAUGCUUCCUGGUCUACAGCGAGGAGACCGGGCUCUCCAAGGGCUACGGCUUCGUGGAGUACAUGAAGAAGGACUUUGCUGCCAAGGCGCGCCUGGAGCUCCUGGGCAAGCCGGUGGGCACCUCCGCGCUCUUCGCGCAGUGGAUGGACGUGAACCUGCUGGCCGCUGAGCUGGUGCAUUCUAAGUGCCUUUGUAUAGACAAGCUUCCGAGCGACUACAGCGACUCCGAGGAGCUGCUUCAGUGCUUCUCCAGUAUCCAUAAGCCUGUGUUCUGCCAGCUCGCGCAGGACGAAGGGAGCUAUGUGGGCGGCUUUGCCGUGGUGGAGUACAGCACCGCGGAGCAGGCGGAGGAGGUCCAGCGGGCCGCCGACGGCAUGAGCAUCCAGGGGAGCCCGGUCCAGGUUUCCUUCUGUGCCCCCGGAGCACCAGGACGGAGCACCUUGGCAGCUCUCAUAGCGGCCCAGCGCGUGAUGCACAGCAGCCAGAGGGGCCUGCUCCCGGAGCCCAACCCCGUGCAGAUCAUGAAGAGUCUGAACAAUCCCGCCAUGCUGCAGGUGCUCCUGCAGCCCCAGCUGUGCGGGCGAGCCGUGAAGCCAGUUCUUGGAACAACGCCCAGCUUGCCUCAUCUGAUGAGUCCCUCCAUCGCCCCUGCAUUUUUACAUCUGAAUAAACCUCAUCAGGGCUCAGUGCUGGGUGGCACCUGUAACUUAUUCCUUCAGAACCUUCCUCAAGUAUCACUGGCACAGCACCAACUCAUGAAGUUCGAGAAUAUCCACACUAACAACAAACCGGGCUUACUCGGAGAACCCCCGGCCAUGGUCCUGCAGACAGCCAUAGGGAUCGGCUCGGCGCUGCCCUUGAAGCCUGAGCUGGGCCACCAUGGAGACGCCCAGAAAACGUCCAGCCUGGUCCCGGCUCAGGGCGCCUUCGGUGCAGGAAUGGGAGUGCUGCCUUUCUUCCCCGGCCCACACCUGGCGGGCCACGCAGGGCCCGGGAGCGCACAGGACAAGCAGCCGGCGUUGGGAACUGCAGACGGGAACCUCUCAGGGUCGUAUCUUCAGAGCUUCUCCAGCCUCCCUACCGGGGGCUUGCUGACGGGACCCCACAAGCAGCCCCAAAGCCAGCCGAAAGGCGCAGAGAUGAGUCCCGGGGCCGCUGCUAAGAAUCAGACAUCGCUCCUGGGAGAACCACCGAAAGAAAUUCGGCUCAGCAAAAACCCGUACUUGAACUUGGCAAGUGUGCUUCCCGGUGUCUGCCUAUCACCCCCUGUAGGUAAAGCCGGUCUGCCGAAGGCUGCAACCGCGGGCGACCUCCUGGAGGCAAUCUCUCAGGGAAGCGAGCCGCCCGCGCUGGGCAAGUGCAUCACUUACUCUCAGCCUUCGGGUGACUACACGCAGGUGUCGACUUUAAGAAAUGAAAAACGAGGCUCGGCCUAUCUCGUCUCUGCUCCAGAAGGGGGCGCAGGGGAACUCGUGGAGCAGGAUUCUCAGCAUCCGGGAGUCUAUUCCAUGGAAACCUACUUCAAAAAGAAGCGUGUGUACUGAACGGGGGUCUUGCUCAUCCCCGCAUGAGGUUCUCUGCAGUAUUCCUGCUGUUCGUUGCUGCCUUAAGUACAUUCAAACUAGCCAUAUCCUUUCAAUACGGGUUCUUAGUUUCCCCUAAGGAACUGUGCUGUGCAGCAGGCGGAACUGCCAAACAUCAUAGCAAUAAGAGACCAGUGAGGACACUCGCCACUAGAUUAGACGCAUCUUAAUGUGUAUUAACUUAGAGCCCCUGGGAGAAGUCCUGUGUUCCCAACCGUCCUUGCUUUGGGCCUGGGCCUCGUCCCAACACCAUAUAUGAAAGUUUGAAGCAAUAAAUGGGGAACAAUGGGAAACGAGUCUUGUUUCCUGAGCCUUAGAAGUUAACUUCUUAUAAGCCAAUGUGCAUUUCAUCCGUCCCUGGAGUACUCUCAUUUGUAGAUUUUUAGACCUUUUCCUCCAAAAAA